AGCAGUAGUAGUAGUAGUAGUAGUAGUAGUAGUAGUAGUAGUAGUAGGAGUAGUAGUAGUAGUAGUAGUAGUAGUAGUAGUAGUAGUAGUAGUAGUAGAAGUAGCAGCAGAAGCAGUAAAACACCUCAUGUCUUUCUUAACAUUAAAACAUCUCAUCUUCGAUCUUAA